AUGCAACCCUGGAGAGGUACUUGGGGUCAGCAGGUGCCCCUGAUCCUGGGCCUGUUGUUAACCACCACCUGCGUUGCACAGGAGAGCCUGGAGAACUUUGAAGAUGAAAAUGACAUAGUUAGCACAGAUAGCCCGGAGACUGUGUCCUCUGACCUGGCUAUAGUAAGCCCACGUAAUUCCUGGAUAGUCUUCAGGGACAACUCUAACAAGGGUGGAAACAAGAGGAUGAAACAGCCCAGGAAAACAUCCAAGCAUGGUCUCCCAGGCCCUCCAGGGCCCCCCGGCCCCCAGGGGCCACCCGGCCCUCCUGCUCCCUUAACCCCCAAACAAGAGGAGCUGAUCCAAGAGUUCAAACUCAAACUCAAAGACAUGGUUGCCACCCAGUGUCUCCUCUGUGAUCAACCCCCACGUGUCUUCACAGCUUUUCACUGUCGUCUGCACCGCAACAUACAGGUCCAGCGACGCAGCUUACAGGAACUGCAGCCCUUCAGCAGUCCCUCAGAUUCAGAGCAGUUUCACCAAAGAGGACAGGGUUUCAACACAAGCAGUGGCAGAUACACUGCUCCAAUCUCAGGCUUCUACCAGCUCACUGCAAAUCUGCUGAUAGAACCCAGCGAGUCUCAGAAGAGGCCUCAGGCCAGGCAAAAGGACAGUGUGAAGGCUGCCAUAUGUAUAGAGUCUCUUUGCCAAACUAACGUGUCUCUGGAGACGGUGACAGGGGUUGGCACCACAGGAGGAGUGUUCAGUAUCUUACUAACAGGAACCCUCUAUCUACAGGCAGGGGAGUAUGUGUCUAUCCUCAUUGAUAAUGGAACUGGCUCCGCACUCACGGUUCUUCAAGACAGCCUGUUCUCUGGGAUCCUUCUUGGAAUAUGAGGACUCCUUUCAC